UUGGAUCUGAUGGUAUGUACAUUGAUGUGAUAUUGGCCUUGAAUUGCAUACAGAUUUCAAAUGAAUUCACACCGGAAGCUAGAUUAAAGGCCAAGACUUUAAAAAAUUCAAUUUUAGAAUACUCAACAAUAUUAACAGCAUUUAUUUACAUAAGAAUUUUUAAUAUUGUUGGCCCAUUGUCUAAAUAUCUACAAACAAAGGGUAUGGAUUUAUUAAAAUGUCAAGAGAUGGUUAGUGCAGCUAUUAAAAAUCUCAAGUAUAUUCAAAGAGAUAUGGAUGGAGUUAAACUGAUGGCAAAAACAUUCAUUGAUACCAUGUCAGAAAAAUUAGAAUUAGUAGAAACCGAAGACAUAGACAUAGACAUAGUAAUUGAAACUGAGUUACCUGUAAUUAGAUCAAGAAAACGAAAAAUACUGUCUGGUGAAAAAAAUAAUGAUGAACCAAUUACAGAUCCUGAAAUAAGGUAUACUGUGGAAGUCCAUAAUUUGAUCUUGGACAAUACUAUUGGAAGCAUGGAAAAAAAGUUUUCAAAAAAUCAAAUUUUAUAUACUGAUUUUGCAUGUUUGUCACCUGCCAAUUUUGAUGAUAUAGAGAAAAAGAAUUUGCCAUCCAAUGCUUUAAUAGAGCUAACCAACAAAAUCAAACAGUUUGAUGAAACAAUUACAAAAGAUAGCUUACAAAAUGAAUUACUUAGUUUUUCUAGUAAUUGGAAUGAGCUAAAAAAAUCUGUACCCGAAUCGUAUGAAGUUGAUACCUAUGAUGAAAUUCAAGAUGAAGAAGGUAUUGAAAACAAAAAUACAUAUAAAUCACAUUGCAAAUCAUGUAUGAAUUGUUCUAUUUGUUGUUACCUUGUACUUCAAAAAUACAAUUUAUACAGCAAUGCUUAUAGUCAGUUAACCGUUGCUUAUAAAUAUCUUCUGACAUUGCCAUGCACACAGGUUGCUUGUGAAAGAUCGUUUUCUAUAUUAAAGUAUUUAAAGAAUAGACUUUGUAGUACUUUAAAUGAAAGCAAACUUGAAGCUUUUAUGAUUAUGUCCAUAGAAAAAGAUACACUUUUCAACAUAAACAACGAUGAAGUUAUCGAUCGCUUGAAAACUAAAAGCAAUUUGUUAUUAAGAGAGCUGUCUUAUUAAGUAAUUUAAAUAAUUUUGUAAUAGACUAACCAAGUAUGAGAUGUUCAUCAAUCAUAACUUUAAAAAAAAAAUAAA